AGUGAAAUGGGAUGUGCCCUUGAGUGUUAGCUUAGUUUUUGAAGCCCCAUAUAUAACAAUAAAAAAUAAUUGUAUGUCUCUUAAUUAAUGAUGUACCUCGAUUACAUUUAGUACGCAUUCAACUGUAAGUGGAUCCUCUUUACACUAUUUCCUUGAAUCUAUUCCUUACUGACACUAAUAGAACUUUAACAAGAUAUCUGUCCUCAUGCUGUGGAGUAUUCCUGUGCCUGGUUUCCUAAAUAUAGCUCUAAAAUAUAUUAGGUUCUCUGCUGGCCACUACUGGUUUAAGCUAAAUACAUUAUACUGUUUUUUUCAGUGGUUUACUGGUUUUCACUUCUACUCUGUAAAUUAUUGCUAGUCAUUCAAUGAAACAUUCAAAAGUAUCCCACAGUAAUGGUUUCUCAUGUUUUUCAUUAAGCUGAAGAAACAAAAAUAUUUCACAUUUUAUUUCUACCUCUUGAAAUUAACGUUCUGCCCAUUACAUAAUACAUCUCCUAAACCACUUUAUAUGAUGUUUAAAUGGUGCUCAUAAAUGCUACAUCUCUGUUUCUAAGAUUAAACCAUGCAGAGUCAUAACUGAAAGAAGAGUGGCUGCCUAUUUAAAAUGCCCUUGUGGCUCCAGCUGUCUGUGAGCCAGCUGUGGCCUCACUUGAUGACUAACCAGAUGACAGAUAACUUGUAUGCAAUUGUCGGCAUCAGAAAACCUGAAAACACCAGCUCUCUGCAAGUAACUAGGACCCACCACAGUGCUGCACUGUCAUUGCAGCUUAUUAAUUAAAGUUUUUUUUGUGCCGGGCCAACACUUACUGUGUAUGUUCUGUCUGGUUCAAUGUCGGACUCAGUUCUUGCUAAAUACAUAUUAUUUUAUCUUAAACAUGUAAGCAAGUUUUCAAAGUUCAGUCUGAACUUAUUCUGCUUGUCUCAUUUUAACAGGCAAUUCUAACAAUUGCCUAUGUAAGCCUAGCACAAUUCAAAAUUUGUUUUACCCACUGGGAAUAACUUAUAGUGUUUUUGGCCAAAAGACAUUGCAAUACCUUGGAACUGCAUUCAGACAAAAGAGUAGCGAAAAUUGUCAAAACUAUUUAACCAGGGUUAAGAAAAAUUAUAAAGCAUUUUAGCUAACAUUAAUUUGUCCAAAACAAACAAACAAAACAAAAAACAACAACAAAUGUAUUGUUGAACGGUGACUUGCACCGGCCAUGUUGACGCAGAGACACCUAUUUUAACGACUUCAUUUCCCAGCAGCGUUUGCGUGUGUGCGCCGUGUUUACAACCAGCUGACAUCCGGCGUCUUCCCGUCCAUUAGCCACCGAUACCUGCUGUCAGCCAUAUCGGUCUACACUCGAUAUUUUCCCCACGAAAAGCACUCGUAGCUCAUUCGGCAACGCGACUGAAUGCUAAAUCACAUAAUAUCUAUUCAACCCAGGUGAGAGUGAGAGGAUAAAAAUAUCGUUUACCCUCAUUUCUACCGCAAUGUUAGAUUAGCAGCUUGUGCUAAUGUUAACACUUGUCUUCUCCGUUAGCACGGCUUUUUUCGGCAUCCUUUAGGACAUAACUCGGUGGCAGGCGGUAUAGUCCAAGAGACAUGAGUUUAUCGACCAAAUAAACCCUUCCUGCAUAAAUAUAAGGGCCAGGCUUAUUCAGGGAUUUGCGGGAAUUUAGCCAGUGAAAGUUGUGUUAGCCAACUAGCCUCUGUAGCGUAAUGCGCUAACUGGACCUGUAAAGGCUUGAGCUAUUGUGCUUCCUUCAUUUAUAUUAUACCUCGAACGGGUGAGCCUGCUGGUUCCCACUUAAAUCCCGGUAUAAGUAACUAGCAAGUGGAUUGGGUUUUGGUUUUGUCUGCUAACACUGUGCUGGCAGAGUAGUAUCCGCUCGGUAGGUCAGAGGUGAUCAUCGGUGCCAGGCUGUGGGAAGCAAAUUCUCAGUGACUGUUGUUCGUGUCAGGGCUCUGGCCCCGUCUCUAGCAGCUGAAGCACACCAGUCCUGUUUCCUCAGCAGCAAGUCCACGGCCUUCCUUUUACCUGAACCAUGACCAACCAGAGGGAUCUUGAUAUGGUGCAUCUGCGCCUUAUCCUGGUCAGUGGGAAAACACAGGACUUCACGUUCUCCCCAAACGACUCAGCAACAGACAUUGCCAAACAUGUAUUUGACAACUGGCCUGCAGGGUGGGAGGAGGAGAGGGUGAGCAGCCCUAGUAUAUUGCGCCUCAUCUUCCAGGGACGAUUCCUUCAUGGCAAUGUUACCCUGGGAGCUCUAAAGCUGCCUCCAGGCCGAACGACUGUUAUGCACUUAGUUGCCAGGGAGACUCUUCCAGAGCCCAACUCUCACGGUCAGAGGAACAGAGAAAAAACCACAGAAAGCAACUGCUGUCUCCUCCUGUAAAGCCAAGGAAAUGGCCCUGUCCCUCCUGCCCUGACCUCACACACAUAUACACACACACACACAUACACACAUAUCUAUACUCUGCUGUGUCCUGCCUGUCAUCCCAUCAGCUGUGGAGUUGGAAUAAGUCACAGGAAGUCUGGUUCACUUGAACUUUUGUCCAGUCUGAGGCUUUUUUUUGUGCCAAUAUGUACAUGUUUCCCCAACAAAAAACUCUAACAUCACCUGCAAAAUUUGCUGUUGAUCCUCAUUUCUCUUCUUUGAUGUUAAACUUUACCUUCGCUGCUGGACAAGUUUAAAAGAGCCGUCACACGUAGUAAAAAAAAAAAAAAAAAGACCCAGGAACUUGAUAGUCUUCAUGGACACAGAAGUGCUGUAAAGGAGGCGUGGGCUUUAACCAUUAUCUACUCGUCACAUGGAUGUUAUCCUGUGUCUUACUCAGCGGUGUUAACCCCUCUCAUUGCACUUAACCAGUUUGUCAAAUCUAAGGUGUUUAUAGUGUCGUCCCCUGCUCUUCACACAGCCUUUUCUCUUUGAUGAAUAAACCUCCACACAUGCUAUAGAAAUCGUUCCAUCCUCCUAGACGGUUCCGGCCUCUUUAUAAACUGAAACAUUGGCUUUGUCUGAGCACCACUGUUCUGUUUGUUCCUGGCUGUAGAUCAAGACAAAUGACACUUUAAUCAGGAGGAGCCGAGUUAACACCUGAGGGAUGUUCAGGUCCACAAUGAAACAGGAACAGGCUCUCAGCGAGGCUUUUCAAAGAUGGACGAAGAGGAUUUGUUUAUGUGCCAUCUGGUGUCACGUUCUCACUCAUGGCAGUGAGUUAAUUGAUGACACUGACGACAUUUUGUUGUAACAGGAGCCGUCAUGGCAAUCAGCAGCGAGAUGAUGAUGGUAGAAGAGGAGGAGGAGGAUGUGCCUCUUCACCUGGGAACUGAAAACAAAGGCAGGGGUGGGGGGAUUCUCCAUGUCAGGAGAAAAGAAUGAGAAAAGGAAAAAAAAAUUGCAGUGUUUCAUUUGUUGCUGUCUUUACUUCUUGUUUGCCUUUGUGGAAAUUCAGUAAUAUCAUUAAUAUUGAAAUUUAAAUAUAUCAAUUUUUAUCUUGUGUAUAGGUAUUUGUUGAAUUUUAGUGUAUGCUUGGGCGAUUGUGUAAAUGAGUGAGUGAUGCACGUGGCAUAAUGUUUGCAGUCCAGUGUGGGCAUGUGGUCUUAAAUGAUAGGUGGUGCAUUGGGAGUGUUACAGUUUCUUCAGAAACACUUGGAAACCUUUUGAUUCCUUCCACCGAGUGUCCUUUGGUUUGUGUUUAUGUCGAUCAAUGUCACUGCUAUGAAGUUUAGCUCCGUAAGAAUAAAUGUAAAAACAACUAAAAUGCAAUGUGGUCUACAUAAAAGCUUGUAUUAUAAAUUAAUAAAUCUUUAAGUAAGGCAA